AUGACAAGAUCUAUACUUGUGCAUUCUGAUACGUCUAGUUUAUCUGUUCGCUUUCGACCUCGCUGGUGUACCAUACGCAACUCUUGUCCUCCGAGAGCAUUGCUUGUCGGGAACGUCACGCAAGCGAUGUCCGUGCAUAUAUGGAAGCCUGCUCAACUUUAUUGCCAAUCCAGCGCUACUAGACUUGAUGGCGGACGCGAAGAACAUUGGGAGAUGUCUCCGACGCUCGUGAUAAUCGGCUCGCUGUUAAGUUCUAUGGAUUCAUACCAAUGUCAAUCUGGCGGCUAUAAAUACGAGGCUAGGUAA